AUGUCUGUUUUCAGACGAUAAACAAAGCUGCAUGACCCACUAGCACCAGCAUUCCGGUCGUCUUCUCACAGAGUCGCAUUCAGGUGUGACGAUGGGGAAGCCUUUUUCCCACCUCCCAAAGCAGGCAGGCCAUGAUGAGACUCAGGAAAACCUGACCUCUCCUCUGGAGGACACCCAGUCUGAGAAUGGCAAGGGUGGCGAUGUCUCCCAGUUUCCCUAUGUGGAGUUCACGGGCCGGGACAGUGUGACGUGUCCUACGUGUCAGGGCACUGGGAGAAUCCCCAGAGGGCAGGAAAACCAACUGGUGGCGCUGAUUCCCUACAGUGACCAGAGGCUGAGACCCAGAAGGACGAAGCUGUAUGUGACGGCAUCUGUGGUGCUUUGCCUGUUUCUGUCCAGCCUGGCUGUGUUCUUCCUCUUCCCUCGCUCCAUUGACGUGUCCUACGUGGGGGUAAAGUCCGUCUUCGUCAGCUACGACCAAGAAAAGCGCAGCGUGUAUCUCAACAUCACGAACACUCUCAACAUCACCAACAACAACUACUACUCAGUGGAGGUGGCCAACAUCACAGCUCAGGUGCAGUUUUCCAAGACGGUGAUUGGUAAAUCUCGCAUCAGUAACAUCACUGCCAUUAGUCCUCUGGACAUGAAACAGAUCGAUUACAUGGUCCCUACCACCAUCGCAGAUGAGAUGAGCUACAUGUAUGACUACUGCACUCUGCAAACCAUCAAGGUCCACAACAUCGUGGUGAUGAUGCAAGUGACGGUGACCACUGCGUACUUCGGUCAUGUGGAGCAGGUGUCUCAGGAGAUGUACCAGUACGUGGACUGUGGAGGAAACACCACCUCCAUUAGAAGCCUGAGCCAGCCGUUCAGCGUCCCACAGCCUGCUGAGUAACCCCACCCUGUCCUCUGGCCUGAAGGCUCGCCUCCGUCCUUCCCCGUGUCCUCCUCCCCUGCACUGUCUAACAACUGUUGUUGUCAUGAUGCCAUGAUGUUAACUUCAUAGACUAGAAGGAAUCCAUGCUCAGAUUGGAAAGUGAAGUUUCUCGGGCAGCAAAGAAAAACUGAAGAAGGUUUUAUGUUGCAGUUAGAACUUUUCACGUCACAGUUUUAACCUGUGUGUCAUAACAAUGCGUCUCCUAAUGACCAGAUCCUGACCUCAUAGUUACAAGAACACACCUAAUGGUGACAUGUGGGUCAUAUAGAACGUUCCCUUUGUCUGUGAUGCUGAAUGUUGUGUGCAUCUGUACAUGUGAGUCCAGUCACACUGCUCAGGUGUCCAGGUUCUCAACCCUGUAGGUGGGAAGCAGAUAGCUGACUGCUUCAAGUAGUUCACUGGCCCUCUGAGCUCAAGAGUCUGCUGUGUGGAGAGAAAACCUUGACUGGGAUAAAUACCUUCAUCCUCCACUGCUUGGAAAACAGCUGUUGCUGCUCGUUUUUAGGUCUCGUGUCUCCUUUUAGGAGCCUCACACAGUCGUGUCAUUUAGUGAAGAUAGAGGAUGUGGUCCUGUUUAAACACCGGCUCACUCACACUAGCUUGAAUUUUUAUUUUCAGUAUCAGAGCCAAAACCUUCCGGAGUUUCAGUACCAGUUCUUAAGUUAGUCCUGAGCUUUGUAGUCAUUAGUCCUCCCUGCCUUUAACUGGACCACUCACGUCCUCCUGUCACUUCUCUGCCGCCACAGCUGUUGGUCAGUCCUGAGAUGGAAACGCAUCGUGUUCCUGAUAGCGGUCCAUUUGUCAGGACAGGCCUCCAGCUCCAUAGUUAUUCUCUAGUCAUGGUCCUUACAAAGCAAACUAGUUUCAGGACCACACCUCACACGAUGAAAGGAUCGUUUCUAUCAGAACAGCACGACGGCAUCACGUCAUGACGUUAUUGGGCUGCACCCUGGUACCUCCUGGUGUCCAUGAGUUCUGAUCUACCUGCUGUACACUGCUGUUAGAGGAAUGAGCAGAAAUCAUGCUCCUACUUAUAGAUUUAAAAACUUGAUUGUUCUUUGAACCAAAAUGUAAACCGUCUAUUUAAAGUGCAUUGUUAGUUUCUAAAGAGAGGUUCUGUUGCUGGCCCAGUGUGUUGGGCUGGAUGAAGGACAGGUGGUGUUCCUACAGGACCAGACGACCCAGUGGGCUGCAGGGUUCUGACAGAAGCUCACUUAUGUAGUGUUUGCUUGUUGAUGCUCAGUCUGUUUUAAUUCCGUUAUUUCAUAUUUAUCGCUGGCACUUUGUAAUGAACUUAUGACCUCCGAUGGUCUUCCUGUUUCUGGGCUCAGUGCUGCUCACUGUGUGCAGUGGCUCAGUGACUAAAGCACACAUGGGAAAGCUGCUUUCUUGUCCUCCUACCCAGAUGGAUUAUUUACCGUCACACCAACGUUUCAUACUGCACAAGUUUGGAGCACAGUUCUCUUUUAUGUCAGCGUCGCUUUGGCGAACUCUGACAACGUACUUGUGCCAUCAAACACUAGCAAACUAUUUUAAGGAGGCUGUGAAAUGCAGAACCAGGGAGUCCAAAUCAGAGGAACCAGAGAAACAGUUCGGCCUUUUGCUGGGAGGUGUUGUCAUUCACGUGGAUGUUAUUCUGACAUGUACCGCCCCCUAAACGCUGUGGUAUCCUCCAUCAUGACCCACACAGCUGCACCCUCCGUCAGCAGGACAACGCGCCCUAACAUAUCACUAAAGUAGCUCAGGAACUGUUCACAGAACAGAAUGAAGUGCCAAGGCGUUGACCUGGCCUCCCAACUCCCCAGGUCUCCAUCCAAUUUAACAUCCAAGGGGUGUGCAGCGGCCUGGGGAGGUUCCACCCACAACCCACAGACAGGUGGCGCCACCAGGCGGCCUCAGAGGUCACCACUGGUGUGUUGGCUCGAGGGGAACCGACAGUGUUCGGCUGGAGGUCUCCGUGUUGGGGGUGAUGGAGUGGUGUACAGGCUGCAUGAAGGCACAAGUCGCCGGCAGCAAGUGCCCUGUCCUGAGACAGGGAGCUGUUCCUGUUUAGCAGCAGGGGUUAGCUCCAGAGGGGUAAGGCCAGCAGGGUCCAUCCCUCCAGGACUAAACACUGCAUCUCCUCCUCUCACAGAUGGUCUGAUACAAAGGUCCUCAUCUGCUUCUGAAAAACAAUGCAAGCAAGCAUGUUUCAUGACAUGCUGGACAGAAAUGCGGCUGUGACCAACAAAGUCUGUCCUGCUGACACAUGCUAUGAUUUUCUGACUGCACACCAUCACAACCACAUUGCAACCUGUGUUGGUCUCCGCCUUCCUGUUUUACUGCCUGACAGAAAAUGAUAAGGAAUAUUAACAGUAAUACUCUGUCCAGCCUUCCUCCUGGUUUAUUUCUUAGAUAAGCUUCUAAAGGGGUUUUUUCUUCUUACAAAAUCAUGUAUAAUUUGAUGACACCGUGUGUAUUUCCACUUGCUGUGGUUUCUGUUAACAGAACUAAAAUCUAUUUUUCCAUCAUGUAAAACCUUCAGACUGUGUCUGAGAUGUUGAGCAACUUUGGAUCGAUGGUGAAACAGACGGGAGCUGUAGCUUCUGAGCUAAGACCUGAGGAGGAGCUAAGACCUGAGGAGAAGCACGAUUCUGACUUUGUUUUGAACCCUGACAUCCACCACACAUGGUUGCUUGGUUACCAGUCCAUCAUUUACCGUCUCAGAGCUACCUUUGUGUUUCACCUCAUCAUACCUCGUUUGUCGCUUUACAUUUUUAGUCCUUAUUUGUACUGAUGUAGUGAUUGUUGUGGGAGCAUGAAUAAAGUUUUAAGCUGAUCAUCUAA